AUGACUCUAGACAAGGUCGCGGAUGCAUCACUUACUGCUCGAGAGCUGGCUUCUUUCGAUGGCAUCGAAGAUGAGGGCUGUUACAACGACGUUGGUAUCCUCGACAAGGGCUACACCACCAAAGACCAAAGGGAUAUGCAACGUCUAGGAAAACGUCAAGAAUUGAUUCGCAACUUUCGACCUAUUUCUGCUCUGGCAUUUACCGCCCUUCUACAAGCGACGUGGGAAUUCCUAUUGAUAGCGAACACUCAGGUUUUGGUCGAUGGUGGCAUUGCUGGAUUCUUCUGGACCUACGUCUGGACCUUUAUUGGAUUUGGUAUCGUCAUGACAUCUCUGGCCGAGAUGGCUUCCAUGGCUCCAACGAGCGGCGGCCAAUACCAUUGGGUGUCUGAGUUCGCUCCGCCGAGAUAUCAGAAGAGCCUGAGCUAUUUAACCGGUUGGUUUUCAACACUCAGUUGGCAGGCUGGGACAGCGUCAGGCUCGUUCUUGACCGGAACCAUUAUUCAAGCUUUGAUUCAGAUCAACAAUCCUGAUUACGAACCAACAGCUUGGCAGGGAACGUUGUUGGUGUUCGCCAUGGUCCUUGUUCUCUUUGUCGCCAACACGUGGGGGGCGCGCGAUCUGCCUCUGAUACAGAAUGUGCUCCUCAUCGUGCAUGUCUUUGGGUUCUUUGCGGUCAUCAUCGUUCUGUGGGUGAUGGCGCCUCGCAACUCUGUAAAGGUCGCAUUUACCCAGUUUUCCAACGAAGGAGGUUGGUCCAGUAUGGGCCUUGCUCUUAUGAUCGGGCAGAUUUCGGCCAUCUAUGGAUCACUUUGUUCUGACUGCACAGCGCACAUGGCUGAGGAGGUCAAGGAUGCUGGUCGCAAUGUUCCCAACGCCAUGUUUUGGGCUUACAUCUCGAACGGGGUCCUCGGCUUGGUGCUCGUCGUCACUUACAACUUUGCCUUGACCGACGUGGACGCCGCCCUCAACGAUCCAACCGAAUAUCCCUUCAUCUGGAUCUUCCGCCAGGCAGUGUCUACUGGCGGUGUCAACGCCCUGACCAUCCUGAUCCUCAUUUUGGUCAUCGCGUCCAAUAUCUCAUUCAACGCUUCCACCUCACGUCAAACUUUUGCCUUUGCCCGCGACAGGGGGCUACCGUUUUCCAACUGGAUCGGCGCUGUCAACCCGAAGCUGCACAUACCCGCCAACGCCGUUACGCUGACAUGUAUCAUCAGCUGUCUGCUUGCGAUAAUCAACAUUGGCUCUUCGGCUGCGUUCAACGCCAUCAUCUCUGUACAGGUCUGCGCGCUGAUGUUCUCUUACACCAUUUCCAUUUCAUGCGUGCUGUACCGCCGCGUGUACCAUCCUGAAUUGCUGCCCAAGGCACGGUGGAGUUUGGGCAAGCUGGGCGUGCCGAUCAACGUCUUCAGUGUAGUCUAUUCUCUGUUUGCCUUCUUCUGGAGCUUCUGGCCCAACGGCACACCAGUGGACGCCGAGUCCUUCAACUGGUCGGUCGUGCUGUUUUUCGGAGUCAUGAUUAUCUCGGGAGUGUUUUAUGUGGUUCAAGGGAGGAAGGUCUACACGGGGCCUGUCGUGACGGUCGAGGGUCGGAACUAG